GGAAGUUUCUCCUGUGAGCCCUGCCUCGCUCGUCCGAAUUCGGUGGCGCCACGUCCGUCCGUCUCCGCCUCCUGCACAGCGGCUGCGCCUCUACUUUCCCUGGCCAAGCCGGCCGCGGGGGUGGGCACGGGAGGACGCGCGGAGCUGCGCAGCCGGCCACCUGACGGGCGACCAUGUCGGACAUCGGGGACUGGUUCAGGAGCAUCCCGGCCAUCACGCGCUACUGGUUUGCUGCCACCGUCGCGGUCCCUUUGAUCGGCAAGCUCGGUCUUAUUAGCCCGGCCUACUUCUUCCUCUGGCCCGAAGCCUUCCUCUAUCGCUUCCAGAUAUGGAGGCCGUUCACUGCCACCUUUUAUUUCCCUGUGGGUCCAGGAACUGGAUUUCUUUAUUUGGUCAAUUUAUAUUUCUUAUAUCAGUAUUCUACACGGCUUGAAGCAGGAGCUUUUGAUGGGAGGCCGGCAGACUAUUUAUUCAUGCUUCUCUUUAACUGGAUUUGCAUCGUUAUUACUGGCUUAGUCAUGGAUAUGCAGUUGCUGAUGAUUCCUCUGAUCAUGUCAGUACUUUACGUCUGGGCCCAGCUGAACAGAGACCUGAUUGUAUCAUUUUGGUUUGGAACACGAUUUAAGGCCUGUUACUUACCUUGGGUUAUUCUCGGAUUCAACUAUAUUAUUGGAGGCUCGGUGAUCAAUGAGCUCAUUGGAAACCUUGUUGGACAUCUUUAUUUCUUCCUGAUGUUCAGAUACCCAAUGGACUUGGGAGGAAGGAAUUUCCUGUCCACACCUCAGUUUUUGUAUCGCUGGCUACCCAGUAGGAGAGGAGGGAUGUCAGGGUUCGGUGUGCCCCCUGCUAGCAUGAGGCGAGCUGCUGAUCAGAAUGGCGGAGGCGGGAGACACAACUGGGGUCAGGGCUUCCGGCUCGGAGACCAGUGAGGAGCAGCCCCUGGCCUGCCCACCAGCCAUGCUAAGCAGAUGACAGUUUCCUCCCAGUGCUGGGCACGCUUAAUGGCCGAGUUCUUGCUGCCGCUCUUGGACCUAACCCACACUGAAUGUAGUCUUUCAGUACAAGACACAUUUUUAAAUCCUGAAGGAAAAUACAAGUGUUCUCAAGUUUCAUGAUUUUCAUUCAAGUCCUUACCGCUAUGAAGAACAAAUAUCAGCUGUGCAGAUUUCAAAACUGACUCAUUUUCUGGUGUCUUCUCUUCCUCCCCUUCCAUCUGAAUAAUGGGCUGGGCAAGUGGGAUUGAUUAACCAAGUCAUGCCAGAGGGUCCUUUCCUUCCUCACACCCACAUCCCCAGAGAUGUACCUAGAGUUGUUCGCAAAAUUGGUUUUGCCUUUGACAAACUCUUAUUUAUUGACUUUUGCCAAAGCUUGGUCACAGAGCUUGUCACAUGUCAUUCUCACUGUCAGCAGCAGGACGGUAACAGUGGAGAGAAGACUGGCACAGCGGUGGGGGAGCUUUCUUAGCCGUGGGGCCUGCACCAGCCUGUCAGCAGUGCCGCCAUUUGCCGCCUUUGCAGAUACUUUAUACAAAAAGAACCAGUCAGUAAGGGCCUGGACUGGGAACUGAGUUUUAGGAGUUGUUGCUAGGCACUCUUCUCCCCUUAAGCCAAGUGAUCAAAAGCAUAGUGGACUUGCUUCUAACUCAGAGGAUGGGUUUAAAUAUGAUCUCUUUGUGUUUCUUCUGUGGGGUGAACUGGCUUUGUGUAGCCAAAGCAGUUGUGCCAGGCUGUGUUGUGUUAGGUUCCAAAUCACAUUGGCCAGACAGAUGUCCCUGGCGGCAGGCUUCGGGGCAUUAAUUCAUUUUACCUUCAUUGUGGAUGUGUGUUCAUUGAGUAAGUGGAGGAGAGAGUGUUGGACUCUAAAGUUUUCUUCCGUUUGUUGUUGUUUUUUGUUUUUGUUGGGUUUUUUUUUUUUUGUCUCUUAACUUUUUUGGUCAAGUGUUUCUGUUAAUGGUGAGGGAAGUACAGCCCUUCAGAUAUGUGUCGAUCAGUUUUUAAGGCUAAUACAGGCACAUCUGAAUAAGUCACUCAUAAUUAGAGGUUCUGAUAGUGUUAGAAUCAUUCAUGUGUGAAGGUCUUUAUUUUCUUGGGUCCUGCAUGUAUACACUUUGUGGAUCAGCCCUACUUCCUUUUUAUAGGUGGGCUUUUGCCAGCAGAGCUCGGCUUAUCACUAAAUAAAGUUUUCUGAAGGCUACAGUGCUUUAUAGAGUUACUUUCUGUUUCUAUCUGAAACCAGACUGCUGGGAGCAGUGUGGUGUGGCCGCUAUGCUCUGAAUGAUUUUCUGAUGCCUUGACUUUUGCUUUCAGGAAAUGUGCCCUAACAGUAUGACUUGUCUUUUUCUCUCAUUAAAACUGUGAUGUAUGCUAUAUUAGGAAGUGGGAGUUUGAAAAAGAGCUCCUUCUUUUUCAUAAGUUUGUGUCCCUCUCCAUAUUUAAUUUAUAUGAUAAACUAUUGGGUUGAGAGAGGCUGAGCCUAAACCGUCUGGUUCUCCUGCUGACCUGAGGCUGUGAUGAAAUGUGUCUGUAAGAUUCCAGACGCCGCCCUCCCUGUGGCAUUGCAGGUGCACUCCUGGGCAGGGUGGAGGCUGGAAAGGACUCCAGUGAGAGAGCAAGAGAUUCUUUCAUGCUGUGACCAGGUGGCUCCUGAGAGCACUGGCUUUCCUAAGGGUCUGCGGGUAUGAAGAACUCUGCUGUACAAGCAAAUGUUAUUAAACUCUUUCUCCUGAACGUGGUUAGGACGCUGAUAACUUUAUUAUCUUGCCUGGUCCUUCCGGGAUAGUUUUACCAAAGUGAGCUGUUUGAGUAUUGACUUCACAAGGUAAGACAUCACAGUGGGUUCUCUUUAUGAAUGUGAAAAAAAACCUUAUUUUGUACAGACAGCUUUCCUUUUUGUAACUAAUCCUUUUUACUGGUGAAUAUUGUAAAUUAAAAUGUGCAACUUGAAA